GCAAUCAGGUCUAAAAUUUGUGUUUGUGUGUUAAUGCCAAUGAUCGGAAAUCGAUAAAACAUUUUCUUGAAAAUACAAUCUAGGCUGCUAUGAUAAAAGCCAUUAUAAAUUUUAUUGAUUGCUUGCAAACGAACCGUUGUAAUGGUUGUGUUUGAUGAUAAGAAUUUUUAACUAGUGAACUGAUGUAAAUUUCAGUUUUGUGGCAAAUGUGAAAAAAGGACUGUAAAAAUAAACGAUUUGUAGGUGUUAAAGGGACAGGUUGGAAUGUCCAUUUUCUAACUAUCAAGAGUUAAGUGAAUAGAUCCCUUGAAAUCAUUCAUCAUGGGAAACAACGCAACUUCAACAAAUAAAAAAGUAGAUGCCGCAGAAAGUGUAAAAGAAUUCCUGGAUCAAGCUAAAGAAGAUUUUGAAGAAAAAUGGAAAAGAAAUCCAACAAAUACUGCUUCAUUAGAAGACUUUGAACGCAUUAAAACACUUGGGACAGGAUCAUUCGGAAGAGUAAUGAUUGUACAGCAUAAAUCAACGAAGGACUACUAUGCUAUGAAGAUAUUGGAUAAACAAAAAGUUGUUAAACUGAAGCAAGUUGAGCACACCCUAAAUGAAAAAAGAAUAUUGCAAGCCAUUUCAUUUCCAUUUUUGGUCAGCCUGAAAUUCCACUUCAAAGAUAAUUCGAAUCUUUAUAUGGUACUAGAAUAUGUUCCAGGAGGCGAGAUGUUUUCUCACUUACGUAAGGUUGGACGAUUCUCAGAACCACAUUCAAGAUUUUAUGCAGCGCAAAUAGUUCUUGCUUUUGAAUACUUGCAUUAUCUUGAUCUGAUAUACCGUGACUUGAAGCCGGAGAACUUGUUGAUAGAUUCUCAAGGUUAUCUAAAAGUGACAGAUUUUGGCUUUGCAAAACGCGUGAAAGGUCGAACUUGGACUCUAUGUGGAACUCCAGAAUAUUUGGCACCAGAAAUAAUUUUAAGCAAAGGAUAUAACAAAGCAGUUGACUGGUGGGCAUUAGGUGUUCUUGUGUACGAGAUGGCAGCCGGAUAUCCACCUUUUUUUGCUGAUCAGCCAAUACAAAUUUAUGAAAAAAUUGUUUCAGGAAAGGUACGAUUUCCAUCUCAUUUCGGGUCAGAACUAAAGGAUCUACUUAGAAAUCUUCUACAAGUUGAUUUAACAAAACGUUACGGAAAUCUAAAAGCAGGAGUUAACGACAUCAAAGGGCAUAGAUGGUUUGCAUCAACUGAUUGGAUAUCUGUUUUUCAAAAAAAGAUUGAAGCUCCAUUUAUUCCUCGAUGCAAAGGCCCAGGAGAUACAAGCAAUUUUGAUGAUUACGAAGAAGAAGCUUUGAGGAUCUCUAGCACCGAAAAAUGUGCAAAAGAAUUUGCAGAAUUUUAAAAUGUAACAUCACACGUUUAUACAAAACGCAAUCAUUGAAUGAAAAUCCUUAACACGCAUCACACUAUGUUUUCGCUAAGUAACAAUUGAAAGUGACCAGUUAAAAACGUUGCAGUUCCAAAAUGCUGAUUAUCUGUAUCCAGUACAUGCAAAAUAUUUAAAUAUUUGAACAAAGUAUAAAUAUAAAAAAAAAAACGCUGCUGUUGCCAUCACUG